UUGUAUCGUUCGCAAAAUGCCCUGAUUUACCCUACCCCCAACCCCACCCCCCUUUCUCUCUGUCUGAGUGAAUGAAAGGAAGAAAGAUGUGACCCUUUUUGGAGGAUACAGAAGCUGAAAAACUGAAAGCUGAUUGUAGUACCCAAACCACCAAAUGCAUGCUAAGAAGCUGUGUUUGAUGGUAAGCAACGUUAACCCUCUCCCUAUUUUGGAGCGCUUCCCUUCGCCGGAGAAUGGAAAACGGAAAAGACGACCCGCCGGAACUCCAGAUCCAGAUGCGGAAGUGGUUUUCCUGUCGCCGGAAACCCUCCUGGAAUCCGACCGAUUCGUGUGCGAGAUCUGCCAGCAAGGAUUCCAGCGGGACCAGAAUCUGCAGAUGCACCGGCGGCGGCACAAGGUGCCGUGGAAGCUGCUGAAGCGGGAGACGCCGGCGGCGAGAAAGCGCGUGUUCGUCUGCCCGGAGCCGAGCUGCCUCCACCACGACCCCCGCCACGCCCUCGGCGAUCUGGUCGGGAUCAAGAAGCACUUCCGGCGGAAGCACAGCAAUCAAAAGAAGUGGGUCUGCCAGAAAUGCUCCAAAGGAUACGCCGUUGAGUCGGACUUCAAAGCUCAUCUCAAAACCUGCGGGACUCGCGGCCAUUCCUGUGAUUGCGGCCGCGUCUUCUCCAGGGUGGAGAGUUUCAUUGAGCAUCAGGAUGCUUGUAGCUUGGGGCGGCUACGGUCCUCCGGCUCCAGCUGUCUACAACCGCCGGCGGCUUCCUCCGUCGGUCCAUCGGCGGCUUACGCUCCCUCAGCCGGACCAGUCAUCUUCCCCGACUGUCGGCAGCCUCCGAAUCUCGAGCUUCAGCUUCUCGUCAAUGGCAGAACAACUGGCAUCGACGUGUUAGGCACCUCCACGAAGAGCACCUUCAUAAAUGGCCUCAGCCAAUGCUCGCCGAGGGGGAGGAGCACCGCCGCCGGCGAGAAUCUAAGGCCCACCGCGGCGGCGAGGAUUGUGAAAGAACAAGCGCAGGAGCUGCUGAAAUUAGCGAUGACGGAGAAAGCGUGCGCGGAGGCGGCGCGGCACCAGGCGAAGUGGCAGGUGGAGCUAGCGGAGCAGGAAUUCUCCACCGCCCGGCGGCUCCGGCAGCAAGCUCAGGCGGAGCUGGAAAAAGCUCAGGCGCUGAAACAACACUACUCCACGAAGCAAACCAAUUCGAUAAUGGAGAUAAUCACUUGCCAUUCGUGCAAUCACAAGUUCCAGGAGACGCCGGCGGCGGUUUCAUGGCAAAUAAUGCUUCCAGAACCUUCUUCUUCAUCUUCUCCGGCGAGCAAAUUGAUCGGAGAGUGGGAAGCACGAGUUGCGUAAGUUUCAUCUUCUUCAAUCGUACGCACUUAAUUAAAUAAUAAUUUAACAUUAAUUAAGCGUAUGUACCUAAUUUAAUUUCAUCUUCAUCACGUCUAUGGUUUGAUCUAUAACGAACCUAUAUCUGGUACUGUAAUCUAUUCCAUCCUUUUUAUCGAAUCAUGUAAUUACAUUAUAA